UUGUUCCUUUCUUCCGGGACUUUCUGCUCAUUGGCUGAAUCCCUGGGAAGGAGGAGUCAUUCUUGAAAAUAAUCUGGCUGUUCUCUGACCAGUUCAGUUUGGUAUUCCAGAGUGAUUAGCUGAAUUCUCCUCCAGUGCUCAGCUUUGGAUAAGUUCUGAGUUCAUCCGAAUGGCUGCCAGGUUUGGACAGAAGAAAGGUGGAGCAGAUCCAUACCUGGAGAAUAGCUGUCCUCUCGGCGCCUCCUGGUGGACUGACAGAGAGAAACACAGAGAGCAAGGAGACUCUCUCUGGGACCAGCUGAAGGAGAUGGAUGAGCAUGUGGCCAGGCUGCAGGACGCACUCCGGACUGAGAGGGUCAAAAGCUCCCACCUGCAGCUGCAGUCCAUCCAGCAGGAGGCGGAGCUGAGGCGCCGAGAGGUGACCACCAGUCGACUCAAGGACAAGCUGUUCCAGCUGACCAACACACCCAGAGAGGAGGCUCACUCCAUGGAGAUGCUGAACUUCCCACCUGAGAGCCAAAGGAGGGAAGUGAGCAAAGCCUUCAGGUCAAAAGGAGAGGAAUCAGCUCUGCGAGUGAUGCUGGAACGCAGAGAGGCAGAGCUGAGGGAGGCCAUGAAGCUGCGGCACAGCCUCGCCACUCUGCUGCACGCGCUGCGGGCCGACAUGGAGCAGGUCGCAAUCACUGGUCUCCUGUCAGACAUGCAAGCUGAGACUGCAGACAAGAGCUUGGAUCAAGCCGAGGUGGCGCUUGGAGAGCAUGUGACUGGGGGAAUUGUUCAGGCUUGGAGGCGGGUACAGGGCAAGCUCCAAGCUGCUGCCGGCACAGACCACGACAAGCUCCUGGCUCAAAUGGAGGCUGAAAUGAGAGAAGCCCAGAAGCUGGUCAGGUUACAGCAGCAGCUGCUGGAGGAUAGCCUUUCUUACCCUCCACCUCCUGAGCUCCUGGGUUCUUACUUCCUGGAGGAGUGGGAGCGUCUGCAGAUGAGAUGGGCAGAACUGCACCACCAGAGACAAACAUUUGAGCGAGAGCGCCAAGCUUUCACUGAUGCGGCCAUCCGGCUCAGCCAUGAGCGCCGGGAUUUUGAACAGCAGAAGGCGGAUCUGGUGAAGCAGCUGUAUCUGUGCGACUCUCCUCAGUUUGGAAAGGCGGAUCCCAGCAUUAACGGCAGGAGGCGCUCUCCUCUCUCUUACUGCAGCCUGGACCCCUCCAUCAUAUCUGGCUGCUAUCCUGUCACGCACUCACCCACAGAGUCAGGGUUUGCCGCUGUUUCUGGAUUAUGUGAGAGGGUCAAAGUUCAAACACCAACCACUCCUGAGCUGUACUCUGCCCUCAACCUAUCCUACAGCCACAGGUCCAGAGAGGAGCAACAGAUGAGACGUGGGGGGAGCCAAACCGACCAAGCUCGCACACCGUGGGACCCAUGUUCAGACCGCUCAUUUUAAUUCAACACUUUGCUUCUUUUAAAAUAUUUAAUAAAUUAUUUUAAUUUUUUUUUCCAAUAUUUCUUAGACAGAUUGAUGCUUGGUCCUUGGUUUUACUUCUGGAUGUUUAUGUUAAAGGAGAAUAAUUAAAGAUUCCAAUUUGCAAAACA